UCUCUCUCCCUUCGCUUUCACUCUCCCUCGCUCUUGUGGCAUCUGCCUCCCUCUCUCUUACUUGUGUCUCUUCGUCUUCUCGCUUGCUCUGUCUCUCUCUUACUGGUGCUGGCGAUAGUGGUGGUGGUAGUUGUGGCGGUGGUGGAAUGGAGAACAUAAGCCACCCUCCAAUGGAGCAACUCCAGGAUUUGGAGUACUGCAUCGACUCCAAUCCUCCUUGGGUUGAAACUAUCUUGUUGGCUUUUCAAAAUUACAUUCUAAUGCUGGGCACCAGUGUGAUGAUUCCUUCACUGCUUGUUCCACUGAUGGGUGGGACUGAUGCUGACAAGGUUCGUGUUAUACAAACAUUAUUGUUUGUAUCUGGAAUCAACACACUCUUGCAAGCAUUGUUUGGAACACGUUUGCCCACGGUUGUGGGUGGUUCUUUCGCGUAUGUGAUACCUAUCCUUUAUAUUAUACGUGACUCGUCUUUGCAGAGAAUUCCUGAUCAACAUGAAAGGUUUUUGCAAACCAUGCGAGCUAUUCAAGGAGCACUAAUUAUUGCAUCCAGUUUGCAAAUAAUACUUGGUUACAGUCAGCUUUGGGGAAUUUUUACAAGGUUUUUCAGUCCCCUAGGGAUGGCACCUGUAAUUGGAUUGGUUGGCUUGGGACUAUUUGAAAGAGGUUUUCCUGCUGUAGGAAACUGCGUGGAAAUAGGCAUACCAAUGCUUUUGAUGCUCAUUGGACUAUCUCAGUAUUUGAAGCACUACAGGCCAUUCAGGGAUUUUCCCAUCUUUGAACGCUUUCCAGUACUCAUCUGUGUUACAGUCAUUUGGAUAUAUUCUCUUAUCCUAACAGCAGGUGGUGCAUAUAACCAUAGGCCUACUAAAACUCAAGACAGCUGCCGCACUGACAGGGCCAAUCUAAUAUCAUCUGCUCCUUGGUUCAAAUUCCCAUAUCCUUUGCAAUGGGGUGCACCGACUUUUGAUGCUGGCCAUUCAGUAUCCAUGAUGGCUGCUGUAUGGGUUUCUGUCAUAGAGUCAACCGGUGCUUAUAAGGCAGCAUCACGCCUGGCUAUUGCAACUCCUCCACCUGCUUAUGUAUUGAGCCGAGGGAUUGGCUGGCAGGGGAUUGGUGUGCUGCUGGAUGGUCUGUUUGGAACUGGAACAGGCUCCACUGUCUCUGUGGAGAAUGUUGGUCUUCUUGGACUUACUCGAGUUGGCAGCCGCAGGGUGGUUCAGAUUUCAGCUGGGUUCAUGAUUUUCUUUUCCACCUUAGGGAAAUUUGGAGCCGUCUUUGCAUCAAUUCCAUUUCCUAUAUUUGCAGCAUUGUACUGUGUCCUUUUUGGCCUUGUUGCUUCUGUUGGAAUAUCAUUCCUUCAGUUUACAAACAUGAACUCUAUGAGAAACCUCAUCAUCACUGGUCUCUCACUUUUCCUUGGAAUAUCCGUUCCACAAUAUUUCAAUGAUACUCUGGUUUCUUCUGGCCAUGCACCUGUAAAUACACGUGCAGGAUGGUUCAAUGGGUUCUUAAAUACCAUAUUUCUGUCACCCCCCACUGUCGGAUUGAUUGUCAGCGUAUUUCUGGACAACACAUUGGAAGUCGAGAAGUCUAAGAAGGAUAGGGGUAUGCCGUGGUGGGUGAAAUUUAGAACGUUCAGAGGCGACAACAGGAACGAGGAGUUCUACACGCUUCCUUUCAAUCUCAACAGAUUCUUUCCACCUACCUAGCAAAGGCUCAGAUUUAUUUGGAAACACUGAGCUGCUUCAUUUGGACAAUGAUGCUCGCUGGCAUAUCCUUCAUCAAUUCAGGCAGUUAAUGAUCCUGCAAUUUUGAAGUCAAAAGGGUUCGGCCCAGUAUCCGAGCAUGUUUUGGUCGGAUCCCCCAUUAGUUGGCACCUUGCUGCUGCACUUUUGAUGCUGCUUAUGCUGCUAGCAUCCUCUUGUAUUUUGUUACAUAUCUCUCGAAAUCUGGCAACUGGUUCAUGUUUGUCUUGUAGUUUUUGGCCUAAUAAGACAGACACUACUGUUUCAUACAUUUAAUUGUUCUUCAUUCA